AUGAGGAUCACUGCAAACCAAUGAUUUUUCCUUUUGGGGCUGUAUUAUGCGUCUCCAACUUUUGCAUCUGCAAUGCAAAACUCGGUUCCUGCAAUUACUUUUCUAAUGGCUUUGGCUCUAAGACUUGAGCGCAUUAACAUCACAAGGAAAGAUGGGCUGGCUAAAGUUAUGGGAACCAUUGCAAUUCUAGGGGGUGCAACUAUUAUUACUCUUCACCAAGGCCUCCCUCUUCUGAACCAGACACAGCCAAUUCAGGGAAGAACGCCGCUAACAGAAGAAAUGUCAAGUAGCACUGACAUGCAGAACUGGAAAUGGGGUUGCAUCUGCCUGCUUGGACACUGCGUAGCAUGGGCUAGUUGGAUGGUCUUUCAGGCUCCCAUGUUGAAAAUGUAUCCGGCGAAGCUCACACUCACUUCAUUCACAUGCUUCUUUGGAUUGAUUCAGUUCCUGGUGAUCGCAGUCUUCGUAGAGACUGAAUUGGAGAACUGGAAAAUCCAAUCUGGAGAAGAAUUGUUUACAACCCUAUAUGCUGGUUUUUGGGAAUCGGGGAUUGUUGUUGCUCUCUAAACAUGGCGUAUCCAGUAUAGUGGCCCUGUGUUUGUUGCUGUCUUCCUGCCCUUGCAGACCACCUUAGGUGCUGUCAUGGCAACUCUUGUUCUUGGUGAUCAGUUAUACUCUGGAGGGAUUAUUGGCGCACUUCUCAUCAUGUUAGGUCUCUACUCAGUUUUGUGGGGGUAAAAAUGAAGAAAACAGUGUGUUUAACCAAGGGGAAGUAUUGAAGAAGCCCCUUCUUGAAGCUGAUAUAAAAGAAGAUUAUGAAAUUGCAUUAUAUCGUCAUAGGCAUGCUUAUGCUUAGAACACGAGAUAUGUUAUUGACCAAAAACAAAAGAACCCGAAACAGUUAACCACACAUGGGUAAAAGUGAGGAUGAAAUGCAGU